UGCUUUCUACGUGACUCUACACACGCACCCAUACACACACCCACCUUUUCAUCAUUCUUUGUGUCUCCUCUCGCCGAUAACCAGCAUCCACUGUCGAUACGAUGGCUUCUUUACGAGUACGGCUGCUCUUCGUCGCAGUCGCGGUGAUCACACUAGCGGGUCUGUCCCUGCCCAUGCACGAACUAUAUCUCCUCCUCCGCCUGCCCUUCGUCUGGAAGACCUCCGCCGCCGACUCGAUCCUCUCUACCCAACGCGACGGAUUCGACGUCACUUUCGCAUCCUACGCCAACAGCAGCGGUCCCCCAGAAAACGCGCGCAUCCCCAGCCGCCUCCAUCACGUCCACCUGGGCCCCAGCGCACCGCGGGCGGAAUGGCUGAGUGCCCGCGCACAGUGUCUGGACCAUCACCCGGACUGGGAGGUGUUCCUGUGGGAGGAUGAGAACGCCCACGAGUUCGUGAAGAGCCAGUAUCCGGAUCUGCUGGCGAUGUGGGAGGGAUAUCCGGCGCUGGUGCAGCGGGUGGAUGCGCUGCGGUAUAUGGUGCUGCAUACAUACGGCGGAGCAAUCCUAGACAUGGACCUCGCGUGCAGACAGUCCCUCGACCCCCUCCGCGAAUUCGAGUUCGUGGCCCCCGCCGCGCACCCCGUGGGCAUCUCGGUGGGGAUGAUGCUCGCGGCGCCCAACAACGCCUACGUGCGCGCGCUGGUCGACAACCUGCCCCGCUUCAACCGGCGGUGGGCGCUGCUCCCCUACAUCACCAUCAUGUUCAGCACGGGCUGUCACUAUGCCUCGACAAUCUUCACGUUGCAAUCGAACCGGUCCGCCCUCCGCGUCCUGGCCGGCACCCCGGACCACCCGACCCUGCACAUGCUAAACGGAUACGUCAACACCCCGCUGUUCCAGCACCUGGGCACCUCGUCGUGGCACGGGCGGGAUGCGCGGUGGAUCAAGUUCUUCGCGCACUGCGACCAGCGCCUCUCCUUCCUCGUGAUCGUGGUGUUCCUGCUGUCCUUCGUGGGGGCCGUCUGCUUCUGCGUGGCGCGAGGGCGACGCGCCGCGCGACGACCGGAUCCCACGCGCACGGAGGCGGCCAAGUCGGAGGGGAAGAUGGUGUAGCUUCGUGUUUCCGUUCUCAAGGGAUGUUAUGUACAUUAGCUCCUUGUUCGUAUUCGUGGUAUCGAUCAUUAUCUGUAGAU